GCUGCUGCCCGCCCCUUCCAACCCGUCCGGCGCGGUGCUGAGCGGUGCUGAGCGGCUCCGGCAGAGCCAGGAGGUUUUUCAGACUGAGCUGUCUUUGGAUUGACUCGCUUACUGAGAGUGAUCGCUCUCUGUUUCUGCGAUGAAUGAAGGUUCAGAAGAUUCGUGAGUACAAGUUGUGACUGUCUGCAGUUUGGAAGAUUACCUCUGCAUCCACUUUCAACCUGACAAAACCUGCAUGUGAUUUAUGGGAUGGUGGCACACUUGUAAUGAAUUGGAGAGAAUAAGAGAGGGAGAGGAGCUACACAUCUUGCUGUCAUUCUGGAAUAUUGCUUGAAAUGCAAUAGCCUACUUCAGCCUGCUGCUGUUUUGUAUCGCAGGAAGUUUCUAAUCAUAAAUCUCAGGCAGAUGGGAACAUGAACACUGUCAACUGGUACUUAUCUGUUCUGUAAGUGAAAACGUGAGGCAAAAUUGUAGACCUCAUUGUUUUCCAACAGGAUAAAAUUAGACACCAAGAUGUCUGAUCCAUCCACAUUCUGCUGUUCUGCUGAAGUGCAAGGGAAGAUUCUGUUAGCUGUGUUUCUUUAAGGUCCAGUCCUGCAAAGAUCAUACUGUUUGUGGAGAAGAAAAAGCACUGUCCUGCUCACUGGCUUUCAGAACCAAGAAAAAAUCACUUUUUUUUUUUUUUUUUUCUGGAGAAGUGAGAAUUAACUCAAGGAAAUGACUCUGAUGAUAUUUUUAGUAAUGUUUAUCACCGAAUCUGCCACGGAGAAGCUGUGUCCCCUUCGUGCCUCCAUUGAUGUACUAGAAGGGGAAUAUUUUUUCCUUUGUUUUCCUGAGUCAAUGCUACGUUUUGAGACAGAAGGAUACACAAUAAACUGGUACAAAGAAAAUGCUGGAAGGCAGAAGCUGAUAAAGGAAACACAGAGAAUUAUUUCCCAAAUGAAUUUUCUGGAGUUUUGGCCAGCUGAACUCAGUGACUCUGGGAAUUACUCUGUCACUCACAGCAAUGGAAGACAAAAUUUCACAAUUCAGAAGUGGACCUUGAAUGUGCUUGAAAGGAAUAAAAGCAGCUGUUUCAACAAAAAUCAUUUGACAACCGAAAUUCAAAAUGCUGGAACAGGUCAUUCACUGAAAUGCAGUGAUUUGUCUGUCAAUGAAAAUGACAGUGUAACAUGGUACAAGGACUGUAAGAACUAUGAAAACGAAACAGAACGGGAACUGGAUUUUAAAACCUUAACAGUUCAGCACUCUGGUAUAUAUACCUGUAAAAUUUUGAUCAGUCAUAAUGGAAGGAUAUACCACAGCACAAGUACAAUUAAGCUGGUAGUAGAAGAAGAUGCACCAGAGGCUGUCACUUUGGAGAUAGUUGGACGCGAUGAAGAAAUUGAAACAGAAAUAGGUAAAGAAGAGAUACUCAAUUGCACAGGUUUCUUGGGUUACGAUAUGCAAGAAGAUGCCAGCCUCUACUGGUUGAUUAAUGAAACAUUUCCAGAAAAAUGCUCAGAUAUCCCCAAGAAUGACCCUUUGAUAUGCGAAGAAGAGUUCAAAAAACUACAUUUGGGAAACAAGUUUUACGUCACAAGGCUACUACGGAUUAAAAAAGUAAGAGAUGAGGACUUGCAUCACAAUUUCACCUGUAAGCUGCAAGCCGAUGAAGCAGUGCAAAUAAAAAUAGUGAAAUUGAAGAAAGGAAACACCCGAGAUCUGCCAGUGCACCUAUUUACAACUGGAAUGAUUCUUGCUGUACUACUUCCAUGUGUUGUAAUAGCCAUGACAGUUCUCUGUGUGAUGUUCAGAGUAGACUUAGUUCUAUUUUACAGGAACAUAUGCAGAAGAGAUGACACUGCUGGAGAUGGAAAAGAAUAUGAUGCUUUUGUGUCUUAUCUGAAAGACUGUGCUUCUACUAGUGAAGAAGAGAGAGAAUUUGCUUUGAAGAUAUUACCAAUGAUACUAGAAGAAAAUUUUGGGUACAAGUUAUGUAUAUUUGAGAGAGAUGUCUCUCCUGGAGGAGAAAGCAAGAUGAUUCUUAAAGAAAAUGUCUCAGAAUAUCAACCGAAAUUGAUAAAGAAAAUAAUGCUCACUUUUUGUUGGAUUCUAGCAUUGUUUGUCACUGGAGCAGAAGUUAGAGAGAUUAAUUUGCCAGGGUGUUUCCGUGCAAAGCCUCAAUUAUGGUAUCGCACUAUUAGUGAUAAGGAGUUUGUUUUACAAUGCGCUUUACCAGGUGAAGAAGCCACCAACAUUUAUAAAAAUUCACCUGUAAAACAUGAGGUGAAAUGGUUCUGGCAUCAGAAAGACAAAGAGCAUCUGAAAGCUAUCAGGGAAAGCACUAACCUUGCUCUGCAAGGGGAUGCACUUUGGUUUAAACCAGUAAGGGACAGCGCUUCUGGAAUCUACAUCUGUAUGAUACGGGAAAAAAUUCCAUGUCUUAAAAUUGUUCUGGAGGUUCAAACAAAAAAGGAGGCAAAAUGUUUGGAUUACGACACAAAUACGCUGUAUCUUCUUGCUGGCAAUGGGAAUUCCAUAGCUUGUCCUGGGACAAAAUGCUACAGCCAUAUAAGAAAGCCAGAUGUAAAAUGGUACAAGGAUGGUCAUCGAGUAAAACACAGGGAAAACAGAAAAAGCCUAAAGCUAAAGCAUAAUGAAAUCUAUUUGAAUCCAACCUAUGACGAAGAUGCUGGCAUAUAUGUAUGUGAUUACACUCUAUUUGACAAUACUACAAAAUGGACAAUGAGAACAGCAGUUACAGUAGAAGUCAUUGCAAGAAACACUAUCCAUCCACCAAAUAUUUUGUAUCCCAGUGGAGUGGUUUUCCUUGAAGCAGAGCUAGGAAAGCCUCUUAAACUGGAAUGCCCAGUACAGUUUGGGUUUGAAAGAGGUUCUAUAAGGAGUGUAACAUGGCAAAGAAACAACAAAGAAAAUAUAAAUGAGAAACUGAACCAGAAAACAAGUGUUUAUCCAAAAGGUUUAAAGGGACACAUACUUCUUCAUGUUGCCAAACUGGAGGAAGUUUCUGAGAUGGACUUCAGAAGCAACUUCACGUGCUUUGCUCAAAAUUCUGUGGGGAAUGCUACUGCUGUGAUCCAGCUGAAAAGAAAACGGAGAGUGUUUCUCUUAUACAUACUAUGCGGUGCCAUUUCUAUUCUCUUUGCAUUCCUUUCGUGCACUGCUUUUAUUUACCAGCACUGGAUUGAAAUAGUGCUGAUGUACCGAAGCUAUCUGGUCCACAACGAAACUACAGGAGAUGGCAAAGAAUUUGAUGCAUUUGUGUCCUAUGCAAAAUCAGACUCUUCUGAAAGUGACUCUGCUUUUAUUAGUGAGGAAAAAUUUGCCCUGGAGCUUCUUCCAGAUGUGCUUGAAAACAAAUAUGGGUACAAGUUAUGUAUUCUUGAAAGAGAUAUUCUUCCAGGAGGAGCAUACACAGAUGAAGUUGUUACAGCCAUUAGACAAAGCAGAAGAAUAAUUAUUAUUUUGAGCCCUGCCUAUGUCAGCGGACCAAGCAUCUUUGAACUGCAGGCAGCAGUGAACUGUGCAUUGGAAGACAAAAAGAUCAAACUGGUUUUAAUAAAGUUCCAGGCUUUCCAAGAGCCGGAGACUUUGCCUCCAGUAGUUAAGAAGGCCCUUAGGAUUUUACCAGCCAUUACCUGGAAGCCCUCUGCAUCUGCUGUUCCAAACAAGAAGUUCUGGAAAUAUGUGUGUUACCACAUGCCUGUAAAUACUGCUAAGGUGCUGGGAGAAUGCAGCCUAAAGGGCUUUUUUCAAAGGUUAUUCAGCCUGGUACAUCGAUAACAGAAAUUUCACGGAGGGAUGACUGCAGUCUCAGGAGUGAUGACAUGAUUGUUAAAGACCUUUUUAUACAUCAGUUGACUAUUGUGGACCGUCACUUCAACCAGUAAUAGCUCACUCCAAAACAGUGAGAAGGACUACAGAGUGAAUGUGCUACAGCACACAGUAAAACUACAUGGCACUGCACACAACCAUAAAUGUGAACUAUUUUUAGUAAUUUAUUAUUAUUAUAUUUAUUAUAUUAUUUUACUAUUAUGCUGAGACAUGAGAAUGUUUUGCUCUUUGCACUGUAUUUCUGCUGAAACAUUUUAAUAUAUAUAUAUUUUUUUUUUUCUAGAAAAAAAGAUUAAAAAAGGGAACUCCAGAG